AUGUCUUUUCUCAUCUCCUCCCUCCUCGCCUCCUUCCUGCCCUCUCAAAUCACCACCAUCCUCCUCCCUCAUCUCUCCUCCAACCUUCCAACAAUAUUCCCUCCAGCUCCAAAAGGCUCACCAACGUAUGCGAGGAAUUAUAGAGUGGCUUUCACGGGGGUGAUAUGUGUAUGGCAAGCGUAUACUCUCGCAAAAGGGGGAUUAGGGGGCGAAGGAUGGUAUGGACUGUUGGGAGUCACGAAGAGUGCAGAUGAGGAUGAGCUGAAGAAAGCUUUCCGGCUGAUAGCAAGACAGCAUCAUCCAGAUAGAGCUGGGCCUGGAAGCGAUGACUUCUUUAUCGCUGCGCGUAAAGCCUAUGAGACACUGUCAGAUCCGGUGAAGCGUUAUGCGUAUGAUAGAUUCGGUCCUCAGAUAGUCGACUGGAAGGCAGCAUCAGUCAGGGAAAAUAUCUACACAGGACUGCAAGGCUCGUUGGGCUUCUACAUUGUCUCUGGAAUCAUUAUGUUUGCCCUAGCUAUUAUCGGCAAAGCGCGCGCAGGAUCAUACUGGGUUCACACCCUGUUUGCCAGUCUACUAGCCAUAGAGCUCUCCCUCAUACUCUCCCCAGCCCUUUACUCCCCAUCUGCUCUAGUCACGUUCUUCAUUCCCAGACAACUACUGGCUAUGCCGCAAUAUCUACAAAUCGCCCUCUUGCACCGACUAUUCACCGCGUUAUCUAUCACUAUAUCUCAGCUGGCUGGAGUAUGGAGCGGAGACAGUAGCCUGAGUAGAGCUAGGGAGGAGCAAGAGUGGCAGUUGGUGAAUGACAUGUUGGUACGGAUGAAUGAACAGGCGCAAGAAGAGUUUCAUGCAGACAUUAUCCCUCUCAUGUCGACCGGUAAUCCUCACCAGAUGAGCGAGCUCAUUCAAGACUCGAUGGAAAAUGUGCUCUACGACCGCAUCCUCCAAUCCCACCCCCAAAUACGAGACACAUACCGCGAAGCCCGUAUACGAGCAUACCAAUCCCUACCAGGCCCUGCACGUACUCGCCAGCCGGCCAAUAGACCCUCACCGGCUCCUGCAAAGGUGCCGCCGCCACAACCCAUCAGGAUCAGUUUAGAAGAUCAGCUGAAGGUAGCGGUGGAUGUGCCAUUACCACCAAGUCCACCGCCUACGCCAAAGAUGAAGCUGAGAAGAAAGCUGAAGAAGUGA